UGAUUGGACCCUUUUUUUUGAAGGACUAUUUUCUCUUUAUGAAAAGUAAUAAAGGUGAAACUGUCGCCUUUGAUGUUUCUGGAAGCCAUCUGGUUAGAGUUGUCAAUAGUCAAGGAUAUAUAGAUAGAGAGGAGGGUAGCAUUAGUAGCCUGUGUGAAAGGGAAACAAGGAGAAUCACUACUGGUAUUUUAUGGAAAUUUGAGAGCUGUGUUGUCAAGAAAAGAGCAAAGACAUUUAAGCUGUGGUUGAGUCUUAGUAGAUUACUCAAUGAGUUGUCUCGCAAGUCCAUUUAGAUUUAGUUUUACUGAUCAUUGUUAGAGCAGUUUUGCGUAUUUAUUAGCAAUUGAAAGUCUUGUAGUCGAUUGUUAAGAAUCAGUCUUUGGGUUAAUAUUUCCACGGUAUUCUACAAGAACAAGAAACCGGUCAGCCUCUCAGUUGAGUGUUUUGUCAGUAUAAAGAGUUGUAUUCCUUAUGGUAGUUUUCUUUGUCGUUUAUAUGACUCUUUUCAAUAUAGAAAACUCGGUCUGUAACUCUGCAACAGGUUUUAAAGUGUAAACGAUAUUUGCACUUUUUGUAAAACCCAUUCAUUUUCAGGAUAGCAUAGGAAUGUUUUGAGUCCAUCAUUGCACAUUUUUAAUGAUUGAUGUCUUUUGAAAUAUUAUUUGUGAGGCCUUAGAAAACGACACCCAUGAGGUUUGACAGUUUUUGAAAACGAAAGCUGAAUAAACUGGCUUUUUGAAAGCAAGAAAAAAGUUUUCAAUUCAAAAUAUACUCACAUUGUUGGGAACCAUGAAAUAAAGCAGGGAAAAUUGGCACUGCUGAAAGUCUUGGUUGCGUCCACCUGGGUAAAAGGUUGUGACGAUGGCGACUGUAGCUACUAGUCCGUUUUGAGAAACGUUUUUGUUUUUAUGAAUUACUGGGUUUACCGAGGGUGAAAUAUGUCUAAAACAACAUGUGAGUAGUAAGAGUGAGAUAGUGUUGGAA